UCCAACUGUCAAAAGGGGCCAAGGCUGAGGUGGAGGAGGCUGGGCUGUGGGUGGUGUCUCCGAAGGCCAUGGAAUCCUCCGCGGAGCCUGGGGGCCCUUUGCCCAAGUACUGCAGCGUGGCCACCACCCUGGAGGCCCCCGCCUGGGCCGGCGCUGCUCCUCCCUGGAACCUGUCCUUCAGCUGCCCCUUUGCCCUCCAAGCACCCUGGCUUACCUGGCACAGCCCUCUCACCAGAUGCGCAUCGUCUCAACCACGUCUCCCCACUGCUGACCCAGCACGGCAGGGGCCUGGCAGGUUGGGGAGAGUUGGGGAUGCUGCUGGCACGUGGGUCCUGGCAAGAAGGGGACCCGAUGGCUUUUAUCACCGGGCUCAGAUAAAGACCGCUCCAGAGCUGGAGAGGCAGGGGGCGCUGCUUGUGGAGUUUGAGGCUCCCCUUGUCACAGGCCCGGAGCUGCCAGCCCCGCGGCAGAGCGUGGUCUUGGGAGAAGAUGUCAUCCAGUUCUCGCCCCCCGCGGAAUACUCACUGCAACCUGGGGACAAGGUGCUGGCGCCCUGGGAGCCGGGCGGACAGUGGUACGGCCCUGCCACUGUUUGGGGCUUGGAGGCGAGCGGCCCCCGGAGAGCAUCCAAAGAAGACAUUACUGUUCACUUCUGGAAUGGCAGGACAGCCACAGUGCCCCGGGGCGGGGUCUGGGAGGUGCCCCCCGCUGUCUGGCAGAAGGCCGUGGAGCGGCUGCAUGGGCAUUUCACCAGCAGGCCCCCCACUACCCUCCUCUGGGCCCCUUGCUGCUCUCUGCUGGGGCCGGGCACUGGAUAUGUCACCCACGGGCUUCCGCCGGGCACCCCAUUCCUGUGCCCUCCGUGCCACCCCCGCGCCUGCUGCCAGCUGCUGUGCCAGGGCUGCCCCGGCUGCUGCCCUUUGGCUGGACCCACCUGGUGGCCUCUCAGCAGGACCUUGGGGGCCGCAGCCAGAGAGCAACCAGAGGCGGAGCUAAAGCCCCAGGUGCAGCCUCUGCCCCUAGAGGCUCCCAAAAAGGAGAAAGUGGCCGUGCAGGCUCCCGUGGCUGUUUCUUCCUCCUCCUCCUCCUCCUUCUCUGAAGGGGAUUUAGAGAAAGAUCUGGAGACGGGCCUCCCUCCGAGGCUGGUGGUGGACAGCACAGUCACCUCCGACCCCGUCCCUCCUGAGAAGACUCGGAGGAGGCAGGCGGGCCUGGGCCAGCCCGAGUGGAGGUAUUGGAGGAGGAACGGGCCAGAGCCGCUUCCCGGGAAGCCAGGUUUAGGCAAAAGAUGCUGCAGCUUCCAGAAAGAAGUGAAGGGCCACAAGCAGCAGAGAGAACAAAUGGCAGAAGCGGGGGGCAUCAAGGAGCUGGUCCUGGAAGCAACCAACGCAAAGCUUCUACAGACCCUGCUAGACAAAGCUGAACACGGGAAACUGAGUCAGGGGACCACUGUGACACGUCAGAGACACCGGAAGGCCUUAGACUAAAAGCCCUGAGGAUCUAGGAAGCAAAGGAGAGUGAAUACCUGAGGAAGAGUUACAAAGUGGCUGCAAAGCCUUCAGUGGUAGAGUGCAGGCCACAAAU